AGGACCACACUUUUUAGAGAUUUUCAUGGUUCCGUAGGAGCGUAGUUUAGUACAGCCCCUGCUCGGAAGAUCAGGAAUAAAUUACUCUUUCUUCUGUAGUACUCCGUCGAAAAAUUUGAAACUACACAGAAAAAGAAUCAUGUUUGGUCUCUACUUUUGGACGACACAAUCGCCCGUGCCGGAGCCACCGGUGGCAACUACUGCUCUACCUCUAGUGGCGUGGAGAUCAGUUGAGACCCUGAUAGUGUGCCUCGUAGCUGCGCGAGCGAUAAGCCGGGCGGUUCAGUUCGAAAGGAACGUCGUCUCACGGAACAAUAAGAGCAACAAUUCCAAAAAAUCAACUACGAGCACCAGCUGCACUGCCGGACUAGAAGUACUUCAAAGUAAGGAGCGUGGUCUCUGCUACUACUACCGUCGGUUCCUUCAGUUUAUCAACAUUCUGACGAAGGCUGCUUGUUUUCAGGAUCAUGUUGAUCAAGAAGACCAAGAAACCAGCUGCGCAGAAGCAGAUGAAAGAAAAAGACCCGCAAAAGAACGAACCGCAACUACUGGAGAAAUAUUAAACACGGCGCGACAUGUUGAUCAGGCGCUUGUUCAGAAGAUCGUGGUUGAAGAAGAUGAGAAGGAGCUCCAAGAUGAACGUCGACCUCAUGAACUACAAGUGGAGGACGCUUUUCCAUCAUCAUCAUCAUCCUCGUCCCAAUUAUCACAAUCCCGAACGAAAACGAAACUUCCAUCUGGCUCAACCGGGCGGAAAAUCCAACAGGAGAUGCUGGUGCGCAACCUCCAGUUUUUCGGAGAAGAAGGCCAGAAGCAGGUGCAGAACGGGUUCGCCGUCGUGGUUGGGGUUGGUGGGGUCGGGAGCCACUGUGCCAUGGCGCUGGCUCGGUCCGGCGUCGGCCGCAUCCGCAUCAUUGACUUCGACAUGGUCUCCCUGUCGAGUCUGAACCGCCACGCCUGCAGCGCCUGGGAGGACGUCGGGAAGGAGAAGGUGUUUGCGGUCAAGGACUACAUUUUAAAAGCAAACCCGUUCUGCCAAGUGGACGCCAGGCAGGCGCUGUUCAGCUUGGACCGAGCGGAAGAGCUCCUUCUGGACGAAUUUGAUGUAGUUGUUUCGGAGGACCACGGUCGUGCUAAAAAUUACAUCUCGACGUCCACCUCUCGUCCCCACGAGGACCUGCAGAACCUCAACUCUACAGCUAAGCCGGAUUUCGUUGUGGAUUGCAUUGACAAUUUGCCGACGAAAUGCGACCUGAUCCAAUUCUGCAGUCUGCACCAGAUCCCCUUGGUGGUCUCCGCAGGGAUGGCUGCGAAGGCAGACCCGACGAAGUUGCGCCUGGGCUCCUUGACGGACACGGUGGAAUGCGAGCUUGCGAAGCGGGUGCGACAGGAGCUGCGUUUGAGGAACAGUAAAGCUGUGGUCAACAUGUCUUGUUCCGUGUCGAAGGACUCUAUAUUUUGUCGUGUAGAUGAGGAUCAUGAAAUCGUCGAAUCAGCCAAGAAGAACGUCGAUGAAAAGAAUUGCGACAGUACACCAAGUACUUGUUCCGAGGAUAAUUAUCGUACGGCGGAUCAUAAACAAGCCGGACUGCUUCGAGGACCACUGGAGCAACACGAAGAUCUUGGUCCCACGACGAACGUAGGAGGCGAAGAUGGGGUAAUAUUGAAGACAGAUACAACUACUUCCGGAGCCGCCGCGUCUUCCCCCUCUCCUGUUCCUCCUGCACUCAACCACAUCGUCGACCUCGACGACAUUAUGGUCUGCUACAGCGUGGAGCGCACCGGGCGCAGUCUGAUGCCGCUGAAGGAGCACCAGACCCCGGAGAACGCCAAGGACUUUGCGCCCCUGGAAAACUUUCGGGUGCGGACGCUUCCGGUGACCGCCCCGGUCCCCGCGUGCGCCGGCUACACCCUGGCGAGCUUCGUGCUCGCGGAAUUGUCGGGCCAGCCGCUGCAGGCCGAACGGGAGCCGCUGAAAACCAAAACGUGGCGGCGGUACUUGGAAAAGGCCAAACUGAUGCUCCCCUUCGAGGCGCACUGGGUGAGCUGCGAACACGCGGAGAUUCUGCUCUACGACGUGUACAAAAGACGGGGCUGCCUGCAAGACACGAAAGGCGAGCAGUUGCAGCUCGUGCCCGUAGAUCCGGAAGUGCUAGGGCAGUGUUUGAUGAAAGUAUUAACGUUGGAAGGGAAUAAAAAAACUAGUUGUACAAGCGGGGACGCAAAAAUUCUUGCAGAAGUUGACGAGGAAGAUAAAACGUUGACAGCGGAGACCAAGAACUCAGGUACUACACCUGCGAGUUUCGUUGUGGCGGGAGAAGAUGAACACGUCGUGGCCCCUGCCACCACGGAGCAGAAGUGCGUCGAACGUGAGAAUGCUGUGCAUGCUGAAGACAGCGACCUUGAGCAUGACACGGCCUUUGACCUCUUCGAUGCGCCGAUAACGGAGGAGGAUCUUGCACCGCCCCCGAAGAAGUUCUACAGUUUCCCGGAAAAUUGGGUGCUGGUCAACAAAAACGAGGCCAUGGCGAUCGUCCGGUGGUACAAGGGGUGGAAUACUAGUAGAUCUUCGAACAAUGUUGAUGGGGACAACGCGGCCGAAAGGAAGGAAACCGUUCAACAUCCAGUCUGGAGCGGUCCGAUUCCCGAAUUCAUGAGCGAGGAGAAAAAUAUCCAACGCUUGCAGAAUUGUCUCAAUAGAGCUAGGCUAAUCCUGGGAGAUGAUCAUGAUGUUGGUCAGUAGAAGAUCCCGGUAGCGGUUUGAACAUUGAAAGUACUUUAUGUAGUCAGUCACACACAACUGCUAAGACGAACCGACUCGGACGCGGCCCGCUGACGAGUUCUAAAUAACCGCGACACGUUUUUUUUUUCUCUUUGCAACAAACAUGAUGUGGAUUCGCUAUCAAGAUCAACAUUUCUGUGCACCACGACCACAUUUUUCGCCACGACAAUCGCACGCUCACGCAAUUGCUCAUAUGAUG